UUGUUCUGACUGCUGUGUUGGCCCUUAUCCUCGUCUACCUCUUCUCCAUUGUGGGGUAUAUCUUCUUCAAAGAUGACUUCAUUUUGGCUGUUGACAGGAUACCCAACAAAACUCUAGAACAUGGAGCCAGCAUGAUAGGAGAGUUUUUUUCUGGUGGAGUUUGUCAGAAGGAAAAUGGAGAAAAUUGCACAGCAGAAGCUGUAAAAGAUGCCCCCCUUGUUGUCCAACCAUCAGUGGUGAUUGAGGACAAAGAGCGAACGUGUGAUUCCUUACUCAUGUGUAUUGUCACGGUACUGAGUCAUGGCCUCAGGAGUGGAGGAGGUGUUGGGGACGUCCUGCGGAAGCCAUCCAAAGAGGAGCCUUUGUUUGCAGCCAGAGUCAUCUACGACCUGCUCUUCUUCUUCAUGGUCAUCAUUAUCGUUCUCAAUCUCAUCUUUGGUGUCAUCAUCGAUACUUUUGCUGACCUGAGAAGUGAAAAGCAGAAGAAAGAAGAAAUCCUGAAGACAACAUGCUUCAUUUGUGGUUUGGAAAGAGAUAAGUUUGACAACAAGACAGUAACUUUUGAAGAGCACAUCCAAGUUGAACACAACAUGUGGCACUACCUAUUCUUCAUCGUCCUGGUGAAGGUGAAGGACUCCACAGAGUUCACAGGGCCCGAAAGCUAUGUAGCUGAAAUGAUCAGGGAUCACAACUUGGACUGGUUUCCACGAAUGCGAGCCAUGUCCCUGGUGAGCAGCGACGCAGACGGGGAGCAGAACGAAAUCAGGAAUCUGCAGGAGAAACUGGAGUCCACCAUGAAACUGGUGACCAACCUGUCGGGCCAGCUGACCGAGCUCAAGGAGCAGAUGACCGAACAAAGGAAGCAGAAGCAGCGGAUCGGCCUGUUGGGGCACCCUCAGCACAUGAACGUCAACCCCCAGCAGCCUGCGUGA